AUGGCGGUGGAAAAUCUUCCAACGCAUGCUCUGCUUGCCGUUGCAGCUGGCAUAGCUAGCCAUGUCUUCUACUUCCGCAUCGGCGAACAUCACAUGUACGGCGUGCGAUAUAUCCAAGGAUUCUUGGCCGCUUGCAUUGGCAGCAUGAUCUACCUCACCAAUGCCGUGGGACACUCGCUCCCUUCCGCAGCAAGGACAGUGGGAGCCCUUGCAGUAUGCUGGCUGGUGGGCGUGUACUCGAGUCUGAUUGUCUAUCGACUGUUUCUUCACCCUCUUAGGAAGUUCCCCGGCCCAUUUGGCGCCCGCGUCGGAAUGCUAUGGUUCACAGCACAACUUGGGAAACUUGACGGCUACCGCCACCUUCACGGAUUCCACAAGAAGUAUGGCAAGUUUGUCCGGAUCGGAGCCAAUGUGCUGUCAAUUACGGAUCCCAACAUCAUGCAACUGGCUUACGGACCCGAUACGAAAGUUGUCAAGGGCGAUUGGUACGAUGGUGCUGCUCCGCAUCACAGCAUGCACACCGUUCGAGACAAAGGCAUGCACGACCGAAGGCGACGAGUCUGGGCUCCUGCCUUUAGCGACAAGGCUCUUCGCGAGUAUGAGCCGAGGGUUCGUGAAUUCAAUGACAAGCUUGUGGCCAUAAUCGGGGAGAAGCAAGGCAAACCUAUGAAUAUGUCUGACUGGUUUGCACUCUAUGGGUUCGAUGUGAUGGGCCGCCUAGCAUUUGGAAAGGAUUAUCAUAUGCUUGACAACGGGAAGAGACACUGGGCGAUCGACUUGAUGACCGAAGGAAUGACGUUCAGCGGCUUGAGGUUUCCGACGUGGGUAUUUCGAGUUCUGCUUGAAAUUCCCGGGCUUGCGGCUGGGUACCACAAAUUCUUGAAGUUUUGUUCUGGUGAGAUUAAGUGGAGGGUUGAAAAUGCCGAGAAGUCAGGCAAGGAUAUCACAGGAUGGCUCCUGAAGGCCUACACAAAUGAGAAGCAUCCGGAGGCGGACCCAAUGCUUCAGGGUGAUGCUCGUCUUAUCAUCGUCGCUGGUUCGGACACGAGUUCCGCUACUCUGACAUAUCUUUUCUAUGAGCUUGCGAAAGAUCCAAGCCAAGUCAAAAAGCUCAGAGAAGAAAUCAAACCAUUGAUUCAUGAUGGCUGGACCGAUAAAGACCUCGUGAACGCUCCCCAUUUGAAUGGAGCGAUCAACGAGACGCUACGACUUCAUCCUCCUGUACCAUCAGGAAUCUACAGGCGGACGCCACCGGAAGGCCUUCACGUUGGCGAUGUCUAUAUCCCAGGCGACACCACGUUCUUCACACCACAGUUUCCCAUGGGCCGUGACGAGGACAACUACGCAGCCGCUGAGUCGUUCGUUCCGGAAAGAUGGUAUUCCAAGCCCGAGAUGGUCAAGCACCCAGAUGCAUUUGCUCCAUUCUCGAUGGGUCCAUUCAACUGCAUAGGUCGGAAUCUUGCCCGCAUGGAACUUCGAACACUGACAACCCAGUUACUGCUCAAGUAUGAUGUGCAUUUCGCUGAUGGCGAGGAUGGGACCAGGUUGUUGACAAAGACUAAGGACCAUUUCACGUUGACUGUUGGUCAACUAGAUCUGGUCUUCACUCCAGCCACGAGCUGA